UACUUUAUCGUCUCCGUGCUGCGUUCACUCAACCUCGCUGGUACAAAAGCUUACACAAGCGAAAAAUUCGACAAUUCGAAAUAUUUUCUAGUUCUAAUAAUGUGUUAGACAUUCGCUUGUUUUUAGUAGUGCUUUGAGUAUCGUGUGGAACGGUCUGAAAAUAGACGUCCAGAUCUAGAUUCAGUGUAGUAUAUUAAGUUUAAAAUUUAUGCGUUCUAACUAAAUAUUAUAUUUGUUGGAAUAUUUCAAAAAAUAUAUUUUUAAAAUAUAUUCACUAUUUUAUACGUGCAUAUUAUACACACUUACAAACAUUCGUAACAGUGUGGCUACAUAUACAUACCUGUAGGAAUAUCUAAAUAACAUAUUGCACAAAAAUGUCGGACGCGGCAAAUGGUGAGUCAAAGUUCGGUUUCAAGGACAAGGAGAAGGCGGAGGAGACUUUGCAAUUGUUAGAAAGUCAUGAUAUGCAGUAUCGGAAACUAACAGUGCGAGGAUUACUGGGACGAGCAAAACGUGUCCUUACCAUGACCAAGGCUGAGGAGAAGGUCAAGAAUAUCAAUUCAGCAAUAGAAGUCUUCGAGAAAUGGCUGGAGGAGAAUGGCGGCGGUGCUGCUAAUAAAAACGCCAAAACCGACAAGGAAGACAAAGUCGAAACCGUACCUGGCUUAGGAUUUAAGGACAAGGCAGCAGCGGAAGCCACACUAAGGAUACUUCAAGAUCGUGACCCUGAUUAUCAGAAAUUGGCAAUUAAAGGCUUAAUUGGCAGUUCAAAGCGCGUGCUGUCCGGUACCAAAAAUGAAGAUAAAAUCAAGUCUAUUCAAGAAGGUGUCAAGAUACUAGAAGAUUUCUUAGAAAAGUUUGAAACAGAAAAUUUGAUUAAAAAUAAUCGAGCCUACCUCGCAUACUCCAUUAUUGAACAGUUACCCGAAGCGAAAGAUGAGCUAGCAGCAGAAUUUGUUAAAGCCUAUGGCGGACCCAAAGCCAAGGGCAAUUACAAGCAUCUACGCACUAUGUACCCCGCAGAUGAUGACUCGACGUCAUGGGAUAUUAUACGCAAUCGGAACAUUGCGAAGUUAAUGGAAAAAUUGAAGGCUGAGGAAGCGAAAUUAUUUGAUGCUGAAAGUGGUGAGCCGACAGAAAUUCAUCUCGAACUGAUACAUUGGGCUUACAGUCCACAGCCAGACAAAGUGAAGUCGUAUUUGGAGAAAAGCUCCAAGAAAAAGGCUGAGAAACGUAAAGUUGAACGAAAUGAUAGCUCCAGCUCUGAUGAAGAUGAUAGUGAGGACGAUGACGAAGAUAAUGGUGAAACACCGGAAAAGAAGAAGAAGACGGAAUAAGAUACAUCAGUUUUGUAAUUUAUAAAACCAAUAUUGAAAGCAAAACACACGAAUUUGGUAUACACAAAUACAUAUACAUGGAUGAUAAUGCCAAUAUUUGCUAAGUAAAUAUGUGCUUAUACAUGUAUGUAUGUAUGUACUAGAUAUUAAUCACAAAUAUACAAAAUUUCUGUACUUACUCUUCGAAAGUGUUGACACAUACCUUUGUCCGUAUGUAAUUUACAUAUCUCAUAUUCAUAUAUAUACAUACGGUGCAUAUUUUUGAACGUACAAUACAUAUGAACAAAAUUAUUUCGAAUGAAAAGUUUGAUAAAAUAAAGUUUAACUAUCAUAUUCGGGUUUGAUCCCGCAGAUAUUCUU